GGAUAGACUGUAAUCUACUCCGUCAAUGUUUAUGAAAAAUGUAACACAAUCUAAGUUUAACGUAACGUUAGCGGAAAUCUUACGUACAUUUGCUAAAGCUCUCUAAUGUGAAUAUUUACGCCCGUAUGCACCGUACACGUUUAAUCCAGAAUAAUCCAGAUGAAGGGUUUAAUCGCGUUUAGUACCAUAGCUAAAAAUGGUACUGAACGCGAUUAAACCUUUGAUCUGGAUUAAACGUGUACAGUGCAUACGGGCGUUAAACGUACGUAGAAACUAUAAAUUAUGGAGGAAGGAUUUUAUAAAUGCUUUAGAUUUCCCACAUAACUGAGAUUUCCGAAAGAAGUGUUAACCCAGGUGAUUUUAUUAACCCUAGUAUUUAGCCAACAUUUUCAGCAAUUGAUGCUUCCACUUGAGUUAGGCCAGUUUAGUGACAUAAGGAAUAACGACAUAACCUAACAUAAAUUAAAAAAAAAUAAAAAUAAUCGUGAUUAUGGCUUAGCAAUGGAAAGGCUGGUCAAGGUGCUGAAUGUAGGCAAAAUAACUUAUUCUAACGGACUAAAAUUACAAAAAUACUUGGCCAGCCUCCAUAAUAAGUCUAUAGGAACCCACAAUACCUUGUUAUGUGUGGAACACCCACCUGUUUAUACCACAGGUAUACGAAAUAAACAAUACACGGAGAAUGAUGUAAUAAAACUGAAGGAAAAAGGUGCGGAAUUUUAUAGAACAGACAGGGGUGGUUUAAUUACAUUCCAUGGACCUGGACAAUUAGUAGUUUAUCCUAUUUUGAAUUUAAAACAUUUUAAGCCCAGUAUACGAUGGUACGUUUGUAGCAUUGAAAGUACAAUUAUUGAAUUAUGUAAAGAAUUUAAUUUGAAAGCUGUGAAAUCCCCACAUACUGGAGUUUGGAUAGGUGAUAAAAAGAUUUGUGCUAUUGGCGUCCAUGGUAGCAGAUUUGUUACCACUCAUGGUCUUGCUCUCAAUUGUUGUACAGAUCUUACUUGGUUCAAUCAUAUUGUACCUUGUGGAAUUGAGGGCAAAGGUGUCACCAGUAUAAGUGAAGAAAUUGGAAGGAUAGUUACUAUUGAGGAAGCUUUACCAAAGUUCAUUCAAAGCUUUAAAAUUACUUUUAAUUGUGAUAUUGUUGAUACUCCACAAGAAGAGGUUGAUUCGGUUUUAAGCAGAGUUGGGUAGUUAGAUAUUUUUGCCUUUGUGUUUGUAAAUAAACUUGAAUAAAAAAUGGUUUUAUUU